AUGAGCCGGGGUCGCCAGAGGGUAAAUAUGGUCAAAAUGACCAACGAAAACAACCUGCAGGUCACGUUUUCUAAACGUCGCGUAGGUUUGUUCAAAAAGGCGAGCGAACUCUGCACCCUAACAGGGUCAGAGCUUGCUAUUGUGGUCUUUUCUCCGGGGGGCAAUAUUUACUCUUUUGGCUCCCCGAGUGUGAGUCAGAUCUUAGAAAAGUAUGAGACUCAAGCACCUUAUUUUAUUGGUCCUCAGGGCUCAAUCGAUGAGGUGAUUCAGGGACGUCGUAGGGCUAAUGAGAUUACCCUCAAUGAAGAACUGAGAGCACUAGAAGAUCAAAUGGACACCGUGAAGAAAAGGAGCAGCGAACUCUCAGAGAUGGAGAGAGCCAAUCAGAAUUGGUAUUGGUGGAAAGUUCCUAUUGAAGAGCUCAGUGUGGAACAACUCGAGCAGCUGAAAAUUGCUUUUGAAGAGCUGGACAAAAGAGUUCAGAUUCAAGCACAAAAAGGAUUGCCUCCAAAUACCAACCUAUUUCCAAAUUUCAACAUCCCAGAGCCAAAUAAUCAUAAUAAUGACCUUAUUGCUUAUGAACCCCCUCCACCACCAUCACUACCUCAAAACUUUCAUUAUCCAGCCAUGCCAUCAGGUUCGAAUUUUGUGGGUCUAAUACUUUCAAACGACAGUAUAUCAACUAAAAAUGGACCAUCGUUUGUUGCUGAUCAGGGACGAUCUGAGUCUGGAGCUGAUGAUUUAUCCUUUCCUUUGGCUGAUCCAAAUGUCACUGAUUAG